UGAAGUGGGCCCCAUGAUUUACUGGUUCUUCGAAAUCAGCCCAACCAUUUUCCCAAGAAUCCAAUUACUUUUCUAACCAAGCCUGCUAGCAGACAUCUCUGUGAAAAGCCUGCUUCACCCUUAUAUUACAAUAUCUCCCCUUCCUAUGCCUCUCAUAAUAUAUUUAUUUUAUUUUAAUAUUUUUUCUUUCUUUUCGCAUAUAAAAAUGUGGUGAUUACUGCUUUAUUUUCUUCUGCUGACUGUCAGAUGGGUAGCAGUUGAGUAGCAGAUGGCUGAUACUCCAGUCCUCGACGGUCAAGAAUUAUUGCAGAGGGGAAUUUGUAGAAUUGUCCGAGGCGAUUUGUGAAAUUGUUGUGUUCAAAUAUUUUCUCCUUUAUUAUUGCAGAAGCACAACUGGGAGAAGAUCAAUCUGUGAGCGACUCCUGGACCAUGAACAAAGCCACGCAGGUGCGCACGGAUGGCAACUCCCUGUUAAAGGCCGUCUACCUGAGCAGACUGCGCCUCACCAGGCUGCUGUUAGAAGGCGGGGCUUACAUUAACGAGAGCAAUGAUCGAGGAGAGACUCCGCUAAUGAUCGCUUGCAAGACACAGCACGUGGACCAACAGAGCAUUGGCAGGGCGAAAAUGGUGAGAUACCUGUUGGAAAACCACGCCGAUCCCAAUAUCCAAGACAAGUCGGGGAAGACUGCACUGAUGCACGCGUGCGUGGAGCGGGCUGGUGUCGAGGUCGUCGCUUUGUUGCUGAGCAGCGGGGCUGACCCGAGUCUGGAGGACCGUGUGGGUAGCUCCGCCCUGGUUUACGCCGUCAACUCUGAUGACAAGGAAACCCUUCAGAUUCUCCUGGAUGCUUGCAAGGCAAGAGGAAAGGAAGUCAUCAUUAUCACGAAGGACAAGUCGCCCUCUGGGAGGCAGAUUACCAAGCAGUAUCUAAAUGUACCUCCUCCUAAAGAGAAUGAAGAUCAAAACUCACCGGCCCCUUGCACCUCACCCUCAGAAAUUGAGCUUAAAACAUCAUCGCCUGUCCUCACGCAGGGCGUAGUCAAGGAGAAGCAUGUUUUCUCUUUCAGAGACCCAAUUAAUCUCGUCAAUGAUAAAGGUUCAUCAGAACCAACUUCUCCCACCAGGAACUGCAGCCCAUCGCGACCAGGAGCCAAAUUACCUCACCUGCAAAGGUUGCACUCCGAACCUUGGCUGACUAUUCCUCCUUCACUCUUAUCUCAGCAUAAAACAUCUUCCUUUCAAGAGGAAGUGCGUAACCUGACCAUGGAAGAAGGACUUUCUCUCAAAAUCAAUGGUCUGUCUCUACCCAAGCGACUCUUCACCAGACACCAAAGCAUUGAAGUGAAAGACACCGCAGCUUUAUUAAGGUCCUUGGAUCAAGCCACUGCUUUAACUGCCUCACGGAAGUUCUGUGAAGAAAUCCACUCUCAGUCUCUUCCCUCCAGUCUAUGUCGCUGCAACACAAUUCCUGUGGACCAGGAUCCAGACGCAUUACCGUCAAUUUCUGUUUCGAGUUUACGGAGCAUUGUCCAGAAGAGGAACAUGGGCGUCGAUCAUUAUAGUUCCGACUCGCAGCUCACAAUCAGUUUAAAACAAAUGCCGACUGACGAAGGCAAAGGUUUCCUGGAGAGGAAGAAAACGGUCUCUUCCCCUUUAUCAGCGGCGAGCAGUUCCAGAAAUUCACUGGACAACCUGCGGAUCGGUUCACUGAGCGCUGGUGGGAAGAGGCACCCCGGCAUCAUGGAGAGGCGAGGAUCUGGGACAUUGCUCCUGGACCACAUUUCACAAACCAGACCUGGCUACCUCCCGCCUUUGAACGUCAACUCCCACCGUCCCGUUCCUGACAUUGGGCCCAACAACACCAAUUCCCCGGCUGCUAAGCCUCUAAUACCAGCAGCUCCCAACAGUCAAAAGCCAACAGACGUAAAAUGUAAAAAGAUUCUGUUGAGGAGACACUCUGUUCAGGUUGAACAAAUGAAGCAGUUGGCAAAUUUUGAGGAGAUUUUUGGAUAGCGGUGGCUUUCUCCAUGGAAAGGCCAGUGGAAGACAUAAAUUCUGAAGUGAUAGGAGCUGAAUCAGGCCAUUCGGCCCAUCAAGUCAACUCCGCCAUUCUAUCAUGUCUGAUCUAUCUCUCCCUCCUAACCCCAUUCUCCCCUUAACCACUGACACCCGUACUAAUGAAGAAUCUAUUGCCCCUGUCCCACUUAGGAAACCUGAACGGAAACCUCUGGAGACUUUGUGCCCCACCCAAGGUUUCCGUGUGGUUCCCGGAGGUUUUUGUCAGUCUCCCUUUCUGCUUCCACUACCUGCAACCUCC